ACAGUAGGCACGAGCACGCACUGUGUUCAACACUUAAAUUUUUUUUACGGUAGGGCAUGCAACCCUACCGCCAGGGACCUUGGCGGUAGGCUGCUAGACCCUAUCGCCAUGAACCUUGGCGGUAGUAAAAGGACCAGAUCUCAAAAUUAUAUCAGACUAGGGUCAGAUCUCGAAUAGAUACCCGAAAUUUAGCGCUCCUCGGCGGCGACAAACUCGCAUUUCCUGGCCGCCCGCCGGCCGGCCGGAUACCUCGUCUCCAUCCCAUCCGCCGGCGCUCCGCUCCACUCCCGGCCACUUGGUUGGGCCUUUUCCUACCGUUUGUGUCGUGUUGGUUGGUUUCCCCACGCCGCACGCGCCGGAAGGAAGCAACCCAACCCCGAAAGUCGCUUUUCCCACUCGCCAGGCCAGGCUAGGCUAGGGUUUUUCUUCCUUUCUUUCUUUUCGGAGGCCUUUCCGGCCAGCCAUGUCCCUGUCCAUGUCGUCGUCGCCCCCUCUUGCGCUUCUGCUUCCGCUUGUUCCCCCACCCUGCCUCACUCGCUGACUCACCCGCCGCGCUCUCUCUCUCUUUCUUCGGGAGCUUCCACUCCGGGCCCAAUGGACGAGGAGGAGGGCCCGCACCCGCUGCCGCUGCCGGAGCCGGGGCCGGAGGUGGGGGCGGAGGAGCCGGCGGCCGGCCGGCGCUGCGGCCGCCACCCGGACCAGCCCCUCACGGGCGUCUGCUCCGCCUGCCUCGUCGAGCGCCUCUCCUCCGUCCGCAGCCCCGCCCACCCCGAGAUCCUCGAGGUCGCCACCACCUCCUCCUCCUCCUCCUCCCUCAACCCCGACGCCCGCCCCGCCCCCCUCCCCCUCCCCGUCCCCGCUCCCGGCGACCAAGAAGACCAGGGCAAGCUGCGCGUCGCCGCCGCUGGUGGAGCGGAGGGCCAGCUUCCGCCGCUCCUGCGAGUGGAUGAUCUGCCGGGAGCCGCCGCCCGGUGGCAGGGGGGGCUCCUCCCUGGACCCGCCCCGCCACUCCUGGGACGGCUCCAUGGUGGGCAGGGCCUUCGCCUGCUCCUUCGCGUGCCUAGAGGAGCCCUCCGAUGGCGUCACCAGGGUCAGGCACAGCAAUGCAGAGGAACCGGCCGGGGAGCGCCCUGCUGCCGGGGUGGCAUCCGAGAGCAGGAACGGGGGGCAUUCCGCCGAUGUGGCCGGCGGCGAGGGGCCGAGGUUCAGGGAGAGGAGGAGCUGCAGUGACGCCGGCCUGGAGAUAACCGUGUCAGCCUCAGGUGUCCGGCGCCGGAGGUCCAACAGGUGGAGCAGGGUGUGGGAUCGCAGCAUCACGAGUCCACUCAAGGAGUUCGUGAGGAAGGGGGAGCACGCUCUUGACCGGUCCUUCUCGGAGUCGAGGAGGGAAACCAGGAGGUGCAAAAAUGGGGAGACAACAGACAUCGAAAAUGGCGAAAUUCACCAUGGCCGCAACGGGUCGGCACUUCCUGGCAGAGCAAGCCAGAGCACAAGCAGAAGAUCACAAGCUCACACGGCUAAUGGGGAGGAGCAGAAUUUCCGCACGGAUUGGCUCAGGAACAAGGAAUGCAGGAUCAGCAGGAGCAGGAGCGUGCAUUACACUUCUCCUGGGAACUUCGAUAAUGGGAUGCUGCGGUUUUACCUGACGCCGAUGAGGAGCAACAGAGCCGCAAACAGGGGGAGGAGGAGAAGCUCGCGCUUGUUUGGAAGAGGACUUUUUGGUUUCGUUUGAGUGGCUCAGGUUGAAUGCCAUACAUUUUAGAAGAUGGCAGCAGCACAAGCAACUUUUUCUUCAGAAUCUACUUGGUUUCUUAGAAGUGGCUAACUCUGUAAGUUGUUCAGCAGCUACAUUCUUUCUGCAGUACAUUAUUAAGCCCAACUUAGAGUCAGGAAGAUUUAGCAUAAGUUGCAGAUUUGCUGCUGCUCUGUUCUUUUAAGACAUUGCUUAUAGAUGGAAUCAGGACUGUGCUGUCCAGAUUAGUGUAUCAGGUGUAAUUAUUUACAUUAUAAUAAUAUUCGUAUCAAUUCUUCCAA